AGCUCGAUUUUAUUGCUCCAGUCAGGAUAUGAUUUGUUGAUGUCGUCAGCGCGAUGAAUUCGUCGUCAGCGCGAUGAUUCCGUCACAUAAAAUAUGUACAAAAUCGUCAAUAACGAUCAGAACAAGCGAUUGGUCAUCGCAAAAUCAAAUGAUUGUUCAAUGCUAGCUGAAAAGAAAAAGCUUCCGAUUUCUGAUUCAAAAGAUGCUCCGAAACGUGGUAGGAAAGCGAAAGCUAAGCCUGAAGAUGGUUAUGAAGCUCACGAGCCACGAGACGUUAAAUACUUCCUGAGCCUUGUCUUUACGACAAAAAUGAUCCAAAUGCUCAUCGACCUGAAAUUCAUCGUUCCAUCUACAGUACCAUCGAAAAAGAUUGUGAAAAGCUAUUUGUUGAAUUAAAAUUUUAAUAAAUUUAUUUGUUGAU